AUGGCAUUGAUAUCGCCACGCGGGUACGAUCCCGUUCCCGAAGGGUCUUUCUGCUCAGAGGACCACCUUCUGGGCGGGGACGGGUCGCCGGGAAGAUUGAAAUAUGUAGGCCACGGAAGAGGGGCCUUUGCGAAGGUGGACGAUGUGAAGUUCGUGGGUGAGGGUAGAGGUGACUACGAUGUCGUCCAAGAAGGUAGCUGGUGGCGAAGGUGCUUGUGCUGGACUUGUUGCGUCUUCUUGCUGAUCUCGCUGCUGAUUGCAGCGAUCAUCGCAUCGCGACAGUUUUACCAGCAUGCCAUGGACGCAGGACUGCCCCGCUACAGUUGUUAUACCAGCGACGGCAACCUACCACCUCCCAAUGCACGCAUGAUCCAGACGUGGUCUGUGCCGCAUCGCAUUUGGUGUUGCGACAAUGUGGGAGUCGCCUGCGAGACCAGCACUAGUCUUACGACGACUCCCGUGCCGACUACUUGGAUCAUGGUGCCAGUUCCGGACUUCCAUGAGGGUUUCUUGGCGCCGCAUGCACAAGCUGCGCAAGGCGGACCUCCGGUUGUGCCAUUUGCGAUGCAAUUCCAUUGCCACGUGGGGAUUCCAGACGCUUGGUCGUGCCAUGGCUCGUCUCGUGUUGGGACCGGAGGAUGCAGCGAGAGUUUCUGCUUUGGGUAG